AUGGAAUAUUUUCAUUAUUAUCGUAGUUGGAUGUACGAUAGAACGUAUCCAGGAAGACGUGGACUUAAACCGAACUUUGAGGAAGGAGUUAAAGGGUUUAUCACAUGGGCUUUCGCUCAAGAAUGUUGUCUAAGCGAAGGAGGAGUAAGAUGUCCUUGUCUAAAAUGUGAAUGUAGACCUAUAAUUAGUGACCCGGAGGAAGUAGAACGUCAUUUGAAGAGAAGGGGUUUCAUUAAAAAUUACUGGGUUUGGACAUAUAAUGGAGAACAGUUGCCGAGUAAUGUACAAAGGACUACGACUACACAUGCUUCUAGCAGUCAAUCACAUAUGGAACACCGGGAAGAAUUUAGUUUGAUCAGUGACAUGGUUGGCGAUGCUUUUGGGGUUAACGUGACCUAUGAUGAACCUCAAGACUUCGAUCAGGAAGAGUUGCCGAAUGAGGAAGCUCAAAAAUUUUAUCAAUUGUUGCAAGAAAUGAAUACGCCGUUGUUUGAAGGGUCGUCAGACUCAAAAUUAUCGAUGUGUGUAAGAUUAUUGGCCGCCAAGUCCAAUUGGAAUGUUCCUGACCAGUGUUUGGAAUUCUUUGCAAAAAUGAUGUUGGACGCAACUCCUACGAAAGACAACCUUCCCACAAGUUUUUAUGAUGCAAAGAGGUUGGUGUCGAAAUUGGGUUUAGAGGUAAGAAAGAUUGACUGUUGCACUAAUGGUUGCAUGUUGUUUUACGAUAAUGAGUUUGGUACUAAUGAUGGAUCGUUGGAGGAAUGUAAGUUUUGUAAGAGUCCGAGAUACAAAGUUCGCAGUAAAGCCAUUAACCGUAAGCAAAAACAUGUGGCAGUGAAGUCCAUGUUUUAUCUGCCGAUCAUACCAAGGUUAAAAAGAAUGUUUGCUUCAAUGCAUAGUGCAAGUCAAAUGACAUGGCAUCAUACAAACCAAACAAGUUCGGGCACAAUGCGACAUCCAUCUGAUGGUGCGGCAUGGAAGCACUUCGAUAUGAUACAUCCUGAUUUUGCAGCAGAACCUAGAAAUGUCAGACUUGGACUAUGCUCUGAUGGUUUUACUCCAUAUGUCCAAGCGUCUGGAAGUGGAUAUUCUUGUUGGCCAGUUAUUGUUACCCCUUACAACCUCCCUCCUGAGAUGUGCAUGACAAAACCAUACAUGUUUUUGACUUGCCUCAUUCCAGGUCCAAAGAGUCCAAAAGCUGGAAUAGAUGUGUAUUUACAACCUUUAAUUGAUGAUUUGAAGAGGUUAUGGAUUGGAGAAUGGACUUAUGAUAUAUCUUGCAAACAAAACUUUACUAUGCGAGCAGCCUUGAUGUGGACUAUAAACGACUUUCCCGCAUAUGGCAUGUUGUCCGGUUGGGGGACACAUGGAAAAAUGGGAUGCCCGCAUUGCAUGGAACACUCUCAUGCGUUCACGUUGGAAAAAGGGGGGAAAAGUUCGUGGUUUGACUGUCACCGCAGAUUCCUACCGAAAGAUCAUGUCUUUCGAAGAAAUAAGAAUGACUUCAAAAAAGGCAUAAGAGUAACAGACUUGCCUCCCCCUCGUUUCUCACCCGGUGAAGUAUGGAACCGAGUUAGUGAACUGCCAAAAUUCACAGAUUAUGGUAAAGCUUGCAGAAUUGAAGGAUAUGGGGAUACACAUAACUGGACAAAAAGAAGUAUUUUUUGGGAUCUCCCGUAUUGGAAAGAUAAUUUGUUGCGACAUAAUCUUGAUGUUAUGCAUAUUGAGAAGAAUUUUUUUGAUAACGUGUUUAACACAGUGAUGGAUGUUCAAGGUAAAACAAAGGAUAAUGAGAAGGCUAGAAAGGACAUGGAGAUUUUGUGUAAUCGAAAGGAGUUGGAGUUGAAGGUUAAACCGAAUGGGAAGUUACUAAAACCCAAGGCUAAUUACAGUCUAACUUCCGAAGAAGCUAAAGCGAUUUGUCGAUGGUUAAACGAAUUGAGAAUGCCUGAUGGUUAUGCGUCAAAUUUAGCAAGGUGUGCUGACUCUAGCACCGGAAAGUUGCAUGGAAUGAAAAGCCAUGAUUGCCAUGUUUUCAUGGAACGAUUGCUUCCAAUUGCGUUCUCUUCACUACCUAAACAUGUGCUUAAUCCACUCACUGAAAUUAGUCAAUUUUUUAGAGAUAUCUGUGCAUCAAAAUUAAGAGUGGAUGACAUCGUUAAGUUGGACAAAAAUAUUCCAGUCAUUCUCUGUAAGUUGGAACAAGUGUUUCCGCCUGGUUUUUUUGACUCUAUGGAACAUCUACCUGUGCAUCUUGCAUAUGAAGCUUAUCUUGGAGGCCCUGUUCAAUAUAGGUGGAUGUAUCCGUUUGAAAGAUUCAUGGGUGAUUCGAAGAGAUCCGUGAAAAAUAAAGCUAAAGUUGAAGGAUCUAUAUGUGCACAUUAUUUGCAUCGGGAAACAUCACAUUUUUGCAGUCAUUAUUUCAAUCACUUGAUGUUAACUCCAAGAAUCAUAAGGAAUGAAUUUAACAUUAAUGAAAAAAGUAAAUUUACCUUAUCAGUCUUCGGUAUUCCCGGUCGUCCAUCUGGUAAGAAGAAUGUACAUUGGCUGACUCAAAAAGAAUUGCAAGCAGCACAUGUUCAUGUCUUGAUUAACUGCGUUGAAGUUAAACCAUAUCUUGAGGCAUUCAAUACCUCCUACUUUCAAAGCACCGGUGAACAUCCGAAUACUAGUGACACACAUGCUUAUUUUCCAGCAUGGUUCAAAGAGCAGUUGUCAUGCGCUGUUGCACCUACUCAAGAAAUAAUCCAUUUGAGAAACUUGUCUAGAGGCCCUGUUCAAAGUGCAAAUGAAUGGCACACUUACUUUGUGAACGGAUAUAAAUUUCACACUCAAACAUGGACAGAAGGGAAAAAAACCAUAAACAGUGGUGUGUUCGUGAAAGGAGUUACAGAUGGUGGUGAAGACGACUUCUAUGGCACAAUAACACAUAUUUACGAGUUGGUAUACAAUUACUUGGACUGCGAAAAUAAAGUUGUCUUGUUCUAUUGUGAUUGGUAUGAUAUAUCUGCUAGAGGCACAAAAAUAGAUAAGAAAUAUAACUCAAUGAGAUAUUAA